UCUGACGAGAGAGAGAGAGAGAGAGAGAGAGAGGAAGGAGGGCAUUGUAGUUUACAUUUGUCAGUGUAUUGUUGGUGAUAGUGGUGGUUACAUGUUGCCUCUCCUUUCUGCCUCAACACUCACGCAAACAUUCAAAGGUGCCAUAGGACUUUAAUUCAAUGACGACAGUACCAAUGCCCCUCUAAUAACCAGUUAACCAUAAUACGUCAUAACUUGGUGAUUGUUAACCCUAUGAUGUGAAAGAAGGAAAAAAGUGUCUGGUGGUGCAUGAUGGUACGUGGGUAUAACAACUUACUAAUCGUUUAAAAAGAAGAAGAAGAAGAGCAAGUGUAGGAAGAGCUAGGGAGAACAAUAUCAAGCACAUACACAAAAAGGAAGACAUGAUCGAAGAUGAGACAAUUAAUUAAACGUCUCAUUAAACCUCUGUAUGUGAGCUGCAACUGAGGAAAUUAAAAAGAGAUGAUGUGAUAAUAACACGUGAUAUAAUUACAAUAUGCGAGCUAAUUAAUUAACUAAGUGACAUUGAGGAAACUUAUUGCAGCAACACUAGCUCACAUCGGCACAAGAAGAACAAAUUAAAUUAUGAUGAUGGUUGUAAUAAAGCUUUUAGUAGUGAUGAUAAUGUGCGUGUCUUUCGUGAAAACUGAGACCCGCAAUGCCACAGCCUUUUGCUGCCCAGAGAGAAAGGAUGGAAGUCAUGGGGGGUGUCCUGCCGGGGCUGCCACAGGACAUUUCCAACCCGAUAUCAUCACGACGGAUAAUGACACGAUGGUACAAGUGACCUGGAAGACUCAAGCUGUGACCUGCCCACCCUCAUCUACCCUCGUGUACCAUGACAAUGCAACAACACCCAAUCAUUUUAUUCUUCGGGAUCAAGAUGAGCUGGAGUUAAGCUACGCGCCCCUCGGAUUAUUUGACAAAUUAACGCGAGAUUACUGCCUUGAGGGAGACGGUGAGGGAGGAUACAGGAUAGCCGCCUGCAAACCCGACCCAGAUAACAUCUGUGGUGGUGGAGUUUGCAUGCCCAAGUGUUGUCGUGAAGGGGAAGUUAUUGAAAAUUUUAUAUGCAUGAGAAGAAACGAAAGUCCCCCUCUCCAGUUUUACUCAAUUUAUGGUGAACCAAUCCCGUCACCAACCAACAUUGCGGUGGUGGGGGAUAGCGUUCCCGACUGUGAAGCUAAAGGGGAAUUUAGUAGCUACAGGGAAGAAAAUUUCCAUCUACUAGUGAAUGGCAAACUGCUAGAGAGUGAAGAUCAUUUUUUUCGUGAUUUUGAUGAGUAUUGCAUUGAUAACUCAUAUGAUGCAGAAGGGAAUGUGAGUGUGAUAGCAGUGGUGUGCAGUGCAUCACAAUCACAUGCUAUAUACAUCAAGCAGCAGAUGAUGAAGGCCGGCUACAUCAUCUCGGAUGUGUUCCUCAUCAUUACUAUAAUCUUCCACCUCCUCAUUCCAAGCCUUCGGGACACCCAGGGACUGAUCCUCCUCUCCCACAUGGUGUCAAUGCUGGUCGCACUGACUGUGCUCUUUUUGCUGUCCAUCUCUUCUCAGAGCAUGUCCAGAGCUUACUGUAUCUUCAAUGGCUUUGUGUUCCAGUACUUUUUCCUGGCCAUGUUCUUCUGGCUGAAUAUAAUGUGCUUUGACAUCUGGAGAGUCAUCAGGGCUACAGCGAGGGGCAUUCCUUUGAUUGGCAUUCUAAGUAAUGAUGCCAAGAAGUUCAAGCUGUAUUGCCUGUAUGGUUGGGGCUCUCCCUUGGUCAUCACCAUUGUCACAGCCAUCAUGCACUUCUUGCCGGAUGAGCUCGCAAAGGAUAUCACACGGCCUGGGUUUGGGAAACUGACGUGUUGGCUUCCAGGUGAUUUGGAGCACUUGAUCUACUGCUAUGCCUAUGUGGGUGCACUCUUCAUUCUAGACUUGCUCUUCAUCGGGCACACCAUGUUCAUGCUGUACCAAGCUGGCAAUGCAUUCAUGUGCUUUGCAAGGCAAGUUACUGUGACUGCAUUCAACAGAAAACACCUGGAAGCGUUCUGGCAGCGGUUUGGUGUCUUUAUCUUGAUGGUGUCUUGCUGGACGGCUGAAAUUCUCUCGUGGAAAAUUCACCCACAAGAAAUCUGGAUCAUCACAGACUUCAUCAACUCCUCCCAAGGCUUUGUCAUCUUCAUCAUCUUCAUCAGCAGCAAGAAGAGACGGGACAUGGUCAAAGAAGUACUGAAGAAAAGCUCCAACACUUGCUGUCCAAGAGCAUCCAGCCCAACCCAGUCUAGCAAAAACAAUCUUUUGGCCACUUGGAAAGCAACCUCACCCUCAGCUUCUACAUCUGGACCAAGUGGUAACACUGAGGAGGAGUCUGUCAGCAAAACAGACAAAAAGGAUAGUGAUUAAACUGUUUACAUGGGAUAUAGGCUCACCAAAUACUGUACUUGGUUUCUUUUGUAAAAAUAUCGAAGCCAAUUGGUGCAUCAGAGGAAGAGUGUCUUAGCAGAACAGACAGAGGGGAGAGUAAUUAAACUGUCAUAUAUACCCACUGAAUACUUGCGUUUCCCUAUAAGAAUGUUUCAAACUAUAAUUCUCUGUAAUUCUCAUAGUCUUAAAUGCAGGAGCAGGACCAAGGGCCAAAUGGUGCUACUAAGGAGGAAUCUUAGAGCACAACAGAUAGUAGAAGGGAGAGCAAACAAACUAUUCACAUGCUGUACACUUAUUGCUUUUCCUUGUAAGAAUUUAAAACUGGACUUGUCAAAAGGGUAAGCAAGUAAACCAUUCUCACAUUCUUAUAUGCAAGAGCAGGACCAAGGGCCAAAUGGUGGUAACUGAAGGGAGGGGCAGUUAAGCUGUUUACAUGCCACAUAUAUAGACCCACUGAAGACUUAUUGAUUUCCUUUCUAAAUAAGUACCUGUCAAAAGGGUAACCAAUAUUGAACCCUUCAGAAAACAGACAAAAAGAGAGUAAUUAAACAGCUUCCAUGCCACACAGGCCCACCUAAUACUUGCUUUCCUUUAUAAGAAUGUAAAACUAUACUUGUCAAGUCUAAGCAAUAGUGUGUGUGUGUGUGUGUGUGUGUGUGUGUGUGUGUGUGUGUGAAUGCGUUCGUGCAUGCGUGUCUACCUAGUUACAACAAACAGGAUCAUAAGGAGUCCUGUUUUAGAGUCUCAGUUGAUCAAACUUGCUUUAACUCAUUGAAGUGUUUGGACUGAGUGAUCUCUUUGUCCAAGUUGUUCCACAGUUCACUAAUUAAUGCAUCAAUGUGGAAGACUGUACUUUUUUGUAUCCAUGAAGCAUCGCUUGUCUGUGUCCUAUGAUUGAUCAGUUGUGGACACGGUUCCGCUAAUCUGCUAACCACUAAUUAGCGAAGCUAACUUUUUGGUUAGCUGAUUAGCGUUUUCGCUAACUUUGGAAACAGUUAGCGGACCAUUUAGCUUCCGCUAAACGUAGUUCUUCCUAGGCUUUAAGUCCACUAAAAGUUCAUACAGGUUUGUUCUUGUCCGUUGUGGGCAGACACAGCACCAGUUGAGCCACAUGGCGCAAUAAUUCCAGGGCUUUCACUUUGGGGUAAAUUACGCCUUAAAGUAGGGUAGUUGGACAAUUAUUAGGGAAACUUUUUGGUAAUUUAAGGUAAUGCAUCUCCCAUUUCCAACUCUUUGAACUCGGGAUUUAAUAAAAAGAAUUCAAUAUUUUUUACAUGACAAGAAAUAAACACUGCUAUUUA